AAGACGUGAUAAUAUCCGUCAAAAGCCGAUUUAAAGGCCAAAUAUCUGAAAACAACUCCGAGCCUGAAGCUCGUAGAGUCAUUAGACGAGGUAAAACCCGUCAAGAGCCAACUUAGAGGCUAUUGAUCACAAGUCCAAAUUGAAACGGUUUUGGGUUAUUUUGUACCCACUAUAUAUAAAUCUCUCUUGGAAGGUGUGAUUCCCAAGAUUGAGUUGUUUUGAAUAAACCCACAUGUACAUAUCUCCCUUGGAGGAUAAAUACCCGAGGUCGAGCUGAUUUUGAUACACGUACAUGAAAAAUAUGGACAAAUAUGAUUAUUGCCUACUCGAUAGUGCAACUACACACUCAAUAUUCAAUAAUAAAAUAUAUUUCUCGAGUGUGACUUUGUGCAAGGCACAAGUUAAAACCAUAGCAGGUUCCGCGGAAAUAAUAGAUGGCUCCGGGAACGCAACAAUUGUGUUGCCUAAUGGUACCACUUUGCAUAUUGAAAAUGCACUGAUAUCCGGUAGAUCGAACAAGAAUCUACUGAGUUUUAAAGAUGUGAGACGCAAUGGGUAUCAUUUAGAGACACUGGUUGAAAAUACUGUGGAGUGUCUAUGCGUCACAUCAUAUGUCAUGGACAAAAGAAUUGUUCAUGAGAAGUUCGAAGCGACAGCUUCUGGACUGUAUUGUGUCCAAAUUCGAGCUUUCGAAUCCUACGCCACUAUGCCAUGGAAACUUGUUAAUCCUGAUAUACACGGGUUAUGGCAUGAUCGACUGGGUCACCCAGGAACGACUAUGAUGCGUAGGAUUGCACAACAUACUAAAGGACAUCCAUUAAAAGAUACAAAAAUCUUGAUGUCCAAUGAAUAUUUCUGUGAAUCAUGUUCACAAGGAAAGCUCAUUAUAAAACCUUCCAUUGAAAAGGUCGGUUAUGAAUCACCAUCGUUUUUACAACGUAUUCAUGGUGAUAUUUGUGGACCAAUACACCCUGCAAGUGGGCCAUUUAGAUAUUUUAUGGUUUUGGUGGACGCAUCUUGUAGAUGGUCCCACGUAUGCUUAUUAUCUACGCGAAAUGUUGCAUUUGCGCGUUUGCUAGCACAAAUUAUUAAACUCCGAGCACAUUUCCCUGAUUAUCCCAUCAAAAAACUUUUGAUGAGUAUUGUGCAGCACUGGGAAUAAAUGUCGAGCACCCAGUA